GUGCAGGCGCACUUGCUUACAGGCCUGAAGGUCGGCCGGCCCAAGGGGCAGACACCUCUGGAGGACUCUUUGGGUAGACCCCAGGGUGGUUUUUGUCCAUUUGGCAGGGAAGGUGGGGGGACCUUGGAGAAGCCACAGCAUCCAGAGCCCAAGUAAGGAGGCCGUGACCUGCAAUAUUUGAACCAUCUGCUUGAAAAUUCGGUCUUCUGAGGACUCUGCCCUUUCUUCAGGAGGAGGAGGGAAUGGCAGCUGGGAUUCUGACUGCUGGGCCUCAGGAGCCAGUGACAUUCAAGGACGUGGCCGUGGACUUCAGCCAGGAGGAGUGGGGGCUGCUGGGCCCUGCCCAGCGCCACCUCUACAGGGACGUGAUGCUAGAGAAUUACAGGAACCUGGUCUCGCUGGGGCUUAUCCUUGCCAAACCUGAGGUCGUCUGCCACCUGGAACAAGGGGGUGAGCUGUGGAAGCCAGAACAUGGAGUCCUAUGCUCAGGUGAUGGAGAACUCUGGGUCAGAACAAAGGAUGUCCGCAUUAUCCAUUUAGAAGGGACAAGGCAAGCAGAAGAGAAAACACAGGCCGGCCAGGAAAUUGAAGGAGCCGAAAGAAUAAGAAGAAGGUACUACAAGAACUUUUAACCAAGCUCUGCCUCUUGUCAUUAUCAUCAGCAGGGAUGCAGAAUACAGUAGCAGCAGAGACAGGAAAUACAACACGAUGGGCCUUUGUGACAAAACCACCAUGGCCCAGACUAGUUACAUGGGGAGAGACAAUACCUGAGGUCAUUCUGCAAGGAAAUGCCUCCACAGGUUUUGGCAAGGAAUUUCAUUUCA